AUGGCAGGCGGUUCGAGCAGUGAACCUCCUGACAAAUGUAAAUUUUGUGCUAAAUUUACUUCAACAAGUGACAUUAAAUGUUUGGGUAAUACCUGUGAUGUUGUUGUGCACGUCAAGUGUUUUGAUGCAAUUUCGAAAGUUGUGUUUGUCGAUAAAAACUCGUUCUAUUGUCGUAAUUGUUCUGUUAAUAAAGGACAUUGUUCUGCUCCAAUGUGUGAUAAGUUAUCAUGUGAAAAAGUUGUAUUGGAGAAGGAGAUUGAAUGUCUGUCACGAGAAAGGGAAGUUUUAAAUAAGUACGUUUCUGAAUUGGAAUAUACAAAUAAUCUGCUUAAAUCAAAAACGCCGGUAAGUGACGACUUUCCAGUACAACCUUCUAAUUCUACCAGUUUAUUUUUGCCAAUUAGUGAUAGGCCAGCAAAAAGUUACUCGGGUGCCUUGAAAAUAAACAAAACUGGAUGUGAUUCUGUUUUGCUUAUAAGGUCAACGAACCAAAAUAUUACUAACGUACAGGUAGAUAGCGAUAUUAAAUCGAAAAUUAACCUUUCUUCUACAAAAGCUACUGUCGAUAGUACUAAGUUGGUAAGAAAUGGAGUUUUGAUUAACUGUAGCAACGCAAUGUCUUUAGAAAAAUUAAAAGAGUGCCUUACCAAACAAUUAGGAAAUACUUAUUCUGUUACUGAACCAAAGAAAUUAAAUCCGAGAUUAAUGAUUCGUGGCGUAAAUGCAGCCUCUCUGGAAACAACAAGUUUUUUGCAAGACCUUAUUACUUUAAAUGAUCUCAACGUAAAUGAAGAUGAUAUAAAAAUAGUAACAAAAGUUAAGUUUAAGGAACGUUUCAACGUCGUGUUGGAGGUUUCACCAGCUUUAUACAAAGCGGUAAUAGAAAGAGGUUUUCUGUAUAUAGGCUGGCUCAAAUGUUAUGUUAGUGAACACGUCAAUAUUGUAAAAUGUUUUCAAUGUUGUAAAGCCGGUCACCAGAAAAAAAAUUGUCUUAGUAAUUUAGUAUGCCCGAAAUGUUCUGAAUCUCAUGAAAUGAAAGAUUGUACCAGUCAGACUAUGUGUUGUAAUAAUUGUAAAACGUUAAACGUAAGAUACAAACUUAAUUUAGAUACAGCUCAUGUUGCAAACAGUUCAGUUUGUGGUUAUUUACUAGGUAAAAUUGAGCAACUUAAAACUAGAAUUCAGUAUGUCUAA